AUGUGGGUUUCAUGUCGUGCGACACUCGGACUUUGUGCUCGUCUUCUAGACCACAAAUCGCACACUCUUCUUCGCCUUCUUGACUCCCUUGGUGUCUCUCUUCAACGCGCCGCGUCGCUUCUUGUCCUCCAGCAUCAGUUUCAAAAAGUCCAUGGACAGCGACAUGUCGAGCGAGAUCUGGUUGUGGUUGUGAGAUGCAGAGGUGUUGAGGUUGGGGGGGUUCAGGCAGAUGCUCAUAAUGUGGUGGUGGUGAUGGUGGUGGUGGUGGUGGUGGUGUGGUUGUGGUUCUCAAGUAUCGUCUUGAAUAUUGAUGGCUUUUUUACUAGAGGCUAUCGUUUGAGAUGUUUGUGGGGUGUGUUUGUGUCGUCUAGCAGGGUGUUGCUUGUCUUGGCUAGUCUGACUGGUCGUAUAUUAAUGCUUGGUCGUUGUGGAUUUGUGUGGUUGUAUUUUUUCACCUCUUUCUGGUGGAGUCCCUCCUCCUAUAUAUCUCUCCCAUUGUCUGGGUCAGAUCGGGCUGUGGUGGGCCAUUGCAGCCAAACCUUGACUGGCGUUGCAUAUAUUGGUCUGUCAAACAAGAGCCUGACGCAGGGAGUCAUGCAUGGAACAAACGCGUUCAUGGUGGUACGUGUUUGGCAACAACUACAGAGACAAAUCUGUCGCCGUGAUUAUGGGUUGAUUUCAUCAUCUCCGCCCCACGCACCGUCUCUUUCAACUCGUAUUCGCCUCCCCAGUCUGUCCAAAUCCACGCCUCUCACAUUCCGAUCGACAGAGUUGUGA